UUGUUCAUGUCUCUGUGUAGUGUUGAUGUCUCGAAAAUUCAAUUAUUUUGGUUUUUUUAUUUUUAUUAUGCAUCUAAUAUGUCUAAUAUUUUAAAAAUAUGUAUAUACUCAACACACAGGAACUCCUUUUCGCAGUCUGAACUGUCCGACUAAGUUUCCUGGAAAGCAGUUACCAAGUGGAACUUUUUCCCUGAAGGCUGCAGCAUAUUACUGGUGUUCUAUUUUGAAACAAAUCAAUCAAAUCGAAUCAAUCAACUUCAAUGGAGUUCACUGUGAGGCCUCAAAAUCACGGGCUCGACGAUCCUAUCGUUAUAAGCGACGGAAGUUCGUCACCAGAUGAGUCCUCUACUAACGACAAAAGAUUGAAGCAUUCCGCUGAAGAAGGAUCCUCUGAUAGUAGAAAAAAACUACGAUCUUCUCCGUCCUCUUUCAGCAACAACACUCGCAGGUUGGAAAGUUUCAAACGAAAAAGAAGUCCAGAGUCUAUCGAGGCAGACUGCUACUCCGAAAGAACUUCGGAAUGUACUGUCAGUGCUGAUAGUUCUCUGGAAAUGACUGGAGAAGAUGAGAUAUGUGAGGAAUCCAUAGUGUCCCCUCCAACUGAUCCAUGCAGCUUCAUUUCUUCAACCCUACCAAUUGCAGGAGAGAGGUCAGUAAAAUUGCCAAUGGAGGGGCCAUCCAAAAUGGAAUUGAAACCAAAGCUGAAAAGAGAGAAAUCAACCAAGCUGAGAAACCUGGAUACCUUUGAGAUUAUUAAACAAAUUGGUGAAGGUGCUUACGGUGUCGUAUACGAGGCCAAAGAUAAACAAACUGAGGAGCUGGUAGCACUCAAAAGGAUAAAAUUGAAAUUAGGAAUGAAUAGAUUUCCGAACAGAGCCUUGAGAGAAAUUCGAAUUCUCGGUCAGUUGAGCCACAAAAAUAUUGUAAACCUGAAAGAGGUGAUAUCUGAUGCUGUAGAUUUCAAGAAGGCAAAACAAUCUUUAUACUUAGUUAUGGAAUUUGUGGAGCACGACUUAAAGGGUCUCUUGGAGUCGGCAAUAGUUGAUUUUAAUGAACUGCACAAUGCUUCAAUCAUGAAACAGAUACUAGAAGGUCUCAACUAUUGCCACAAUAGGAAUAUUUUGCAUAGAGACAUCAAGACCACUAACAUUUUGAUGAACAGUCGUGGACAAGUGAAGCUCGCUGACUUUGGUUUAUCCAGACAAGUGGAUCCUGAGGAUAAACAGAGGCCAUACACAAAUAAUGUUGUCAGCUACUGGUAUCGAUCUCCUGAGUUGCUGAUGGGACAACGAAGAUAUGGACCUGCUAUAGACAUCUGGAGCUGUGGGUGUAUUCUGGGAGAGCUUUUUUACAAGAAACCCAUAUUUCCGGGAGAUUCAGAAGUAUCGCAACUUCUCGUCAUAUCGAGGAUUUGUGGUACUGCCACUCCGGAUGUAUGGCCCUCGGUCGUCAACCUUCCGUCUUUUAAAACUCUCCGGCCCAAAAAAAUUUUCAAGAGGAGGUUGAGAGAUGUCUUCGCAUGUCUGCCCCCUCUCGCUUUGGAACUGUUGGACAACAUGUUGACCUUGGAUCCAAGUGAGAGGGUAACAACUGAAGAUGCGAUCAAGUCCUCGUGGUUGAAAAACAUCAACCCUGAAAGUAUAACUCCCCCUAAGCUGCCACAAUAUAACUGCCAUGAACUGUCGGUAAGAAGUUUCAGAAGAAAAUUUACAGGCAACCAUCGUCAUACAGAAUGACAACGAUUUUAAAACCGAUCCAGGAAAAUAUAAUCUAUGGGAUAAUAAAAUCACUCCCAGUGAAUUUGUGAUUAUUUGAAUACCAGAAACGUUCAAAAAAAGGUAAUUUUUCAAAUUACAUGUAAAUAUAUUUG